AUGUCCUCAUCACAGGAAGGACGUGCCGUAGAGGCAACGGCUCGUAUGACUUUAGAUGAGAUGCUCGCAAAAUACCCAAAGCGUUCCGUUGAACAGGCCGUGAUCCACAGGAACUACAAGGAAGGAAGAGAACAGACGAUUCGCAAGUUUGAGGAACAGAUCUGUCGAGGGAUUCACGUCGAAACAUGCAUGGCGGGACUGAAGGGUUUCUUGGAGAAUACGCCGCCAGCACCCCCGUUCGAUCCAGAAGAGCCCGAAGACUUGGAUGAAGACGUCCAGUGGCGGCUUCGAGUCCUCAAAUACAUGGAUCGCGUUGGAGAGGGUUCUGAUGCGGGUUCUGAUGAGAGAGACUUGAAAAAUCGUAACGCCAUAGUGAAAGCUUAUCGUCAACAGAAGCUGAAGGUACAAGAUGGUCAGAUUACGGUGUGGUUUGCAGGCCACAUGGUCAUGGGUCCAUUGUCACAGCGUGAUUUUGACUUUCAAGAUAUCAUCGACGAUAUAUCCAAGUGGACAGAACAGUAUGGGCCGGGUCGUAUCUGGGUUGAGGACGCUACUCUACCUCUCGCAAAAAUGCAAUCAGCGGCCAUUGCGCCGUAUGGGCAAUGUUUACAACACGUGGUGUGUUGA